AUGUCCAAGAAGCAAAGGUGGCAUGAGACCCUGGUGAACUCAAAGACCAACACACCUACACCGAAGAAAGGGGGAAAGGACCUAGCAGCGCUAACAGUGCCUGUAUCUAGUGGUGGUAGACAGGCUGGCAGCAGUACGUCUAAACCCGGCCUCUACUGCGGAAGAAGCAACAGCCCCAGCAGCAGAGGUAGUGAGUUAAAAGCUAGUGGCAGUAAAGUUGGUGGCAGUUUGAAAAGAGGCAGCCUCGGCCAACAAGGCAGCGCUGGCCACCAGGGUACCAGACAAGCAUCUCACCCAGGAAAACCAGCUCUCCGCCUCUGCAGCAGCCGGAGCUUUUCGUCCCUCCACACCUCCUCUCUCACUGCUGCUCCAUUCAUGAGGAGUAGCCGUUCUCUCAGCAGACUCGACCAAAGAACCACUGGACAAGAUUCAGACCAUGCAGUUCCAAGCUUACAAGUUAAAAAAGGACAAGCUUCAGAAAAGAAAGUCCUGUAUUCUGGCCGGCUGUGGUCCUCUGAAGAGCAAAUCAGGGAUAACAAAGACCAGUGCCAUGGUGAUAAUGCGGAGAAAAUGAAAAUAAGCAGCUCCUCUGAGCCACCGGAGUCUUCCUCCUCUUUAGUUUCCUCCACUGCAUGUCAUCUUCACUGCAACAAAGUAAAGGAACAGACCACAGAUGGUGUGUACACGCUCUGUGCAAUGACCUCUGGGAUGAGACGCGACUGCGUCCAAGCAGUGUUGAAGAAUGUGAGGCCUGAUGUCACAAGCAGCCUUUCAGAGCAGAAGACUCAACAGAAAUCGCAUCAACCAGAUUCAGAGUCAGCUGAGGUUGUGUGGAAAUCUGAACACCCAGACAGCUGUUUGCAAGAGCACAAAACCAGUGAGUGGGCAGAGGAUUCACAUCAACAGCAGAAAGAUGAAGACACCAAACUGCAGCCAGAAAAAGAGCAGAGCUCUGCUGUUGGAAACUCAGCUCCGACUCCCAUCAUUCCUCCGCACCAGGUGGAGGAGGGCGACAGUGCUUCCUGUCAUCAAUGUCCGCUUCUCGUUGGAACUGCACAAACUGCACGUGUGACGACUGCAUCAAAGUGUGUUGAAGGAGCUGGAAGUCACAGCUCUAUCUCCACAGCAGUGCCGUCAAUUGACAACUGUUUUGAUGAGCAUUCAAACAUGGGGAAUGAAAUCCAGCAGAGUUGGCAGGAAGCUGGGACCACACCUGAGAGUGGGGUGCAACAGGUAUCGAGAAACACCACCUGUGAGUGUGCGAAAGACAGGGAAACACUGCUGUGUGAGCAGCAAACUGGGCAGCUUGUCAAAGAGCUGGAACAAACACAGAAGGAACUGUCUCGACUCCAGCAGUUAAACAGGAAUCUGCAGGAUGAACUACAAAUCGAAAAAGAGAGUCAUUCAGGAGAGUGGGUUUGUCCACAGAAGGAUCUUCUUUCAAACUCUUUGGAACAAGCUUCGGCUUUACAGCGACUGCAGAAGAUAAACCACGGCCUCCGGAUUGAGCUGGAGGCACAGAAGAGGAGUCAGGAGGAGGCCAGAGAAGCUGAACUACGGAGAAGAGUAGAUCUCUUAGCUCAGCAAGCUCAGUUACUGGUCACGGGUGAUGCCACAGCACUUGCACAAGCUCAUCUAGAGCAAGAUCGACGGCGGUUUCAGGAGCAGCAGAUGGAGUUGGAGCAUUGUGUGUCCUCCCUGAAGUCCCAGCUGAGCACCAGUGAGGCGCAGAGGAGGGAGGCUGAGUCCCGCUUGACGCAGCUGCAGCAGGAGUUGCAGAGUUAUCACAAUCUCCAGCAGGAGGCUGAUCGUUUGCAGGGACAUCUCCAUGAGGUGAAAACUCAACUUUGCGAGAACGAGGAAGCACAGGCCCAAAAAGAGGCUCGCCUGCAGAAGCACCUCAUGCUUCUUCAAGCAAGUCAAGACAGAGAACGGAGAAGCUUGGCUGCUAGCCUGGCGCAGGCCGAGCAACACUCGCAAGACCUUCAGGAGAGACUAGACAGGGCUGAGCAGCAGGUAGAGAGCCUGAAUCAGACUCAGACCUGGACCAGAGAAAUUGCGGAGGCUCAACAGCAGCUUCAAGAGGAGCUAUCAUGCACAGUAUCUGCCGUUCAGAAACUUCAAGAGGAAAGAGAGCAGCUCGACCGCCGCUGUCAAAAGCUGCAGAACCAGUUAUCUGAGGCGAAUGGGGAGGUGACCACGUUGCAGAGCCGCUUGAAAACAGAAGAGACACACUACUACAAUCUGGAGCACUCAUAUGAGAGAGUUUGUGAGGAACUGCAGCUGGCUUUGGGAAAGGUGCAGCAAAGGGACACUGAAACACAGGACAUACGAGAAGGCUACGAGAGACUCCUCGACAUGAAGGAGCAAGAGCUGAGUGAAGUUUUGCUGAAGAUGGAAGUCUUGGGUAAUAGCUUGGAGGAGACAGAAGUGAGGCUGAAUGAAGUGUUGAAGGUUUGCAACUGUGCUUGCUCUCAGCUGAAGCCUAAGGCAGUAGACAGUGGCCAGCUGUCCAAAAGCUCGAAUGCCAUAGAUUUAGUUCAGGGAAACGUCAACCAUUCUGAUGAACAUGCAAGAAAUAGGUCUUGCUCGAUUGAUGCGUCCUACCAGUGCAUUGUCACUGCAGGAGAUGACCCAGAAAGGUUUAUGUCUGUGAUCCAGUUACUUGAAACUAAGCUUUAUGUGACAGAGGAGAAGCUAAGAGACAUCACAGAAAGAUUGGAGGAACACCAGAGUCAUAUCAGCUGCCAGGACCCCCACCUUUGCUCCCAGCUCACUCAGAGCCGAGCCACUGCCCAGCACCUCAGUCUGCUCCUUCAUAGUCAGGCCAAGCAGAGCCAGCGCUUCGCCCAGGAGACAGAGAACCGCUGCAGGAUGUUUUUUGGCAGGUUUCAGGUUGCUCUGAACAUCAUUCAAGCCUGUAGGGAGAGGCUUCAAGUCGCUCCGAUUAGUGUUACAGACUUUGAGAAGCAACUUGCCACUGUUGCUGCCUGCCUUCAGCAAGGACAGAAAGAUGCAGAGAAACAGCAGCAUGAAUCUCAUAAAGCCAGCAAAGGAGAGGACAAAAUCCUCAAUGAUGAGACAUUAGCUGGAGCUGAUAGCAGCAACAGUGCUAAAAGUAAACUCACUAAUACAUUACCCUCAGAGGAUGACAUGGCAAGUGUUAGGAACUGUUUAAUGAGGGAACUAUUUGUAGUAGAGAAAAUGCUAUCUGUCCUUCAGAGUCAACAUGGUAUUGGCCAACUAUCCUUAGCACCAAGAGAAGAUGAGAGGGAUGUGGCACACAGGUACAAAAGCAUAAUCUCCCAAAGAAUAGCCUUAAAAAAAGAAAAGAGGACUCAAUCUGGGAGAGCAGAAUGUGACGGCAGUGAACCUUUGGAAAGUGCCAUUGGGGGAGUCUGUGCUGAAGCUGAGCUCAUUUAUGCUGCCUUAAAAUUUCAGCAGCAAUAUGAGAGCCAGACUCAAGCAAACAAUCAAGAUGUGGAGUGUAAAAAGAAGGCUCUGGCCGAUAUCAGUCCCCCAGAGUUAGCCCCUUAUGAGGAGCAAGUGAAGGUAGAGGGCAGAGGUUUAGAAGAAGCUACAAAACCAGUUAAAAAAGACCAAUCUGAUGACAAAAAGGAGGAGGCCGAGAAAGAACCAGAAUGGUUAGAGAGACUUAUAUCCCGGCUGCAAAGAAGGGCCAAAUUCUUAAACCAACUCUGCAAGGAGAUCUCUGAUGGACAAGUGACCGACCAGUGUUUAUUGGACUACAGUGGGGAAAAUGAUUCAGCAAAAGACGGGAAUUGGAUGCAGGAGCAGGCAAAGUUGAUUUAUUUGUCAGACAGGCUGCACUUGGAUUUAGAGCAGGAGUUGCAGCGAAGUGAGGUGUUACAAAACAAACUGCGAGCUUUCUGCAAAGAGCAAGACACCACAUUAAUGGACGAGCAGGAGGCUCUUAAUCCCACUUUGUGUCAGCUUCAGGAGGACAACAGCGUGCUAAGAGAAGAACUAGAGCGUGCUGAGCAAAAGAUUAUAUCUGUAGAGACUGGGAACCAGAGACUCCUGGAAGACAUAAAGAAAAUUGAGAAUUAUCAUGAGGAACGAAUGCAAAAACUGGAAACAAAGUUUCAAGAGAAGCUAAUGGAACUACAGCAGAUCCAUGAAGAGGAGAUGAAACACUUGCAUGGUUACUAUACGAAAGAGAAACAGACCAAAACCUGCACAGAGGCACCUGCUUUCACCGAAAGUAACUCUUCCCCACUAGACCGAGUAUUGGAGAGAAAAACAAAAGAAGAGCUUGGGAAUUGGAUGGUGGGAGGUGAUGCAGUGGCAGCCAGAGAGGCUCACCAGAAAGAUCUCGAAAAACUUGAGGAUCGCGGUUUCCCUGCUAUGGAAGCUACGCAGAGGAAGCUGAUAGGAGAUCUACAGCAGCAGCAGCAGAUGGAGGCGGCAGCACUUCUGAAGGAGAGAGACCAGCUGCUGCAGGAAGAAACAGCUGCCACGAUGGCGGCAAUCUUAGCGAUGAGAAGAGCCCAUAAACAGGAGCUCGAGAAAAGCGGAGAGUCUCAGCACCUCAGGGAGAGUGCUGACAUCACACAAUUGCAGGACGAAUAUGAGAAGGAGAUCCAGUUAUCGCACAAAGAGCCUGAGGUGUUGUCGGCUCAGCACACUCAGAAAUGCCUGGAAAGCUCUCAUCUGAGCCAAGAGCUGCAGGAUGAGAGAAAAUCCCCGAUGCAGUACCAAAAAGAAAACCAGGAGCUAAAAAAGAAGCAGAGACAGACAGAUGAAAUGUCUCAGCUACAUUUCUCGCUGAAUGGGAAACAGUCACAUGUAGCCGCAGAAACAAGUGACUUCUAUGAGAUGGAGGUGAUUCUGCGGGCGAGGGAGGCAGAAAUGCAGUUUCUCAGACAGGAAGCUUGUUCACUCAGUGAAGAGUUGAAGAUUGCUCAAAUGGACAAAAUAUAUGCCCAGAACAAACUGAAGGCCCUCUAUACAAACCGCCAGGGUGAGCCCCAUCAUGAGGUCAAAAAACUCAGGGACGAUUUCAAGUUCGCCACUUGGUCUCCAGGCAGAGAUGCUUCAGGACCAGGCCUCAAGGACUCGAUGACAAACACAAGUAAUGCUGCUUUUCUGAAGAAAACAGAGAAAUCAUCCCUCAUGCGUCAGAUCAGAGGAGUGAGAUCAAAGAGUUUGAAAGAGGGGCUUUCUGUCCAAGAAAGAAUGAAGCUGUUUGAGUCAUUCUGAACGGAAGGAGAUGAGAAGUUGGAAUCUGCAUGUCAGAGUGAUUUGUUGUUUGGUGUUGAGGUGCUAUGUGCUUUGGAAAAGAGAAG